GUAAUUUGGAGUGUAGUCAUUUUUGAAUGUCGGCCAUCUUCGUCGGAAUAAUUUCUAUUUUGCGCAUUAAUGCGUCAUUUGCGCGGUUCUGCAAGUUAUUCUCGUGAGCAUAGAGGUAAUUAUUAUAUGUUACAUGUUAUAUUAGUUACUCUUGUGUAAUUCAACUCAUGGUAUUCUAAUUUACCCAUCUAUUUCCACGACUUUCAGUGUCUACUCGCUCAUACUGCUUCCCUCAGCCCAGGGGUCUUGCUUCAAGACACUUCGGAAAUUGGUAUCCACAUAUUGCAGCCACUCGACCACCGGGAGUGAGGCAUGAUGUUCGACUACUCACUUCAUUCGCCAACGCUCCUGGCUUAAUUGGAAGUCAGAUACCACUACUGACGCACCUGGCUAUUCGGCCACAACACAUAAAUCGUAUUAGAGCAAAAAGAGACCACUCUUUCACUCGCUCACGUUUUCUAAACCGCAGAAAAAGAAGUGUUCGAGCAUCGAAAAACACUUUAAACCCCACUGAUCCCUUAAAUUUGCAAGACUUAAUGAAAGAGACGGAACGUCGUCGAGUGGAAGGUUUGUCACCGCUUCGUGGCGACUCGCGUAUGAAUACACCAGCUGCUAGUGUUGCCGGUGAUGUUGAUUGUGGUAGUCCUCAGAAUCAUGGUAUUCAGACUUCAAGCGCGUCAAAAGACUCAGGAUCGCCUCGUCUCAACAGUCGAAAGUUGGAUUGUCAUUCGAAACGACAGUCUCAUCGCCUUAUACGUAGACGUCCAAUGCGGGCCUCUAAGUGUUACACCGUUGGUCGCUGUACCAGGGGUUUUAUUCCCACAACAGGAAAUUAUUGCGAUUACUACAGACGUCGCGAUCCAAAUGAUAGACUUCCUUAUUUAAUGCCUGAGUGGUUCGUAGGCAAAGAUGUAGCAGACUACGGAUGUCAUAACGGGACACUUACGUUUGGUGUGCUUGAAAAGUUCCCAGAAGUCAAGAAAAUAGAUGCAUUUGACUGUGAUGCCGAAUUAAUUGCAAACGCCCAAAGUAUGCAAAGAGAGAGAUUGCGAUGGGAUACAGAAUCUAAUAUCAGGUAUGAGAAGAUUAACUUCCAAGUUGCUAAUUGGAUUGAUGAGUCAACUACGAAUGAUGAACCUGAGUAUGAUACAAUCAUGGCCUUCAGUGUUACUAAAUGGAUUCAUCUUAAUCAUGGUGAUCCUGGUCUUAUGAGGUUCUUUAGACGUGCCUUCAACCGCCUUAAACCAGGUGGACACCUAAUUCUGGAGCCACAACCCAAAUCGUCAUAUAAGAGGACACGACUGACGGCUAAACACAGAUCCAUUUAUGAAACUUUGAAAAUCAAUCCAUCGAAUCUUGAACCUUUACUAGUAGAUCUUGGGUUUUCUUAUUUCGAUACUAUCAAAGAUCCUAGACCUAAUGAACCAUUCCGGCGCAAAAUAAUCUUAUGUUCGAAGUCCUAUGGAGCAACUCCGGCAUCCAUUCGCAAUGAUUUUCGUUCAGAAGUACAUAAUUGGCAAAGUUUUAACUCACCCCACAGUCCACAUGGUCGGGAACCUCCACCAGUGUGUUAUCUCCCACAGACACCAGUUUAUAAUGUAGGCACUCCAUUCACUACAGGGAGUUCUCCGACAAGCAGACAUGUGUGUGCCUCUAGCACUGUUUUAAGCCCGACAGUCUUAUCCAGUGUCUCUCCACUUAUCCCCGUUGUGGAUUCUGUGCCAACUCCUACCUGUGAACCAGAUUCAACAUCUAAUUGUUGACUAAAUAUUUUUGUACAUAGUUCAUAUUUCUUGACUUAUAUUUCAAGUUAAAAUCCUUGUACAGUUUCAUGUAAUAUAGUAAAAUGUUUAUUAUUUACAUCCCUAUCAAUAAGAUUUCAUAAAGUUAAUGACUAAUGUUUUAUUUGUUCUCAAGAGUAUAUGGAAGUGUAUUGGAUUUUAUUUAAGUAUGUAUGCGAUCCAGUCGCUGUAUUGUGUUGUUUCACCAAUAGGUGCAGCUUAGUAGACGUGUACGCACUGGUAUGUUCGAUCGUAAAUCAAGUUAUACUACUAAUAUUUCAUGUUCCAGAUACUAAAUGCCAUGGUUAUUACGUUGGUCUCAUUAAUACUUUUGUGGUUAUAUUAGUUUGCAAGUGCUUCUAGACACUAAUUGACGUUAGUCCGAAUGCCGUUGAAAACCAGGAAAUACUGGAGAGCUACUUCAUUUCUGUAUGGUUUUUCAUUAACAAUCUUAUCGGGGGUUGAAUACAAAUAUUAAUUUUCGUGAUGAGCUCAGAACUCUUAAAACAUUGGGUUAAGAUACUUUAGUUUAUACUUAUAACGUCAAACGAUUUUGAUCAGUGUAACAAUCGUUCAACGCCACUAGCAGGUGAUUACUUCACAACUUCUCACUAAAACUUCGGAAAUCCAUCUGAGAACCAGUCACUAGGGAGCACAGACUUGUAGUCGGUUCCAGAAGUUUAUGGAAAUUUCUCCCAACCAAGGUGCUAAUAAGAUCGGAAUAUAACACUUGUGACUGACAACUUGAUAUCUUAUCCUUUAAAGCUGCAGCUAUUUAUAGUCCGGUUUGAUGAGUCCUCCACGAUAGUUACCGUUAAAUGCUCCGUAUUUUGAACAAACGGGGUCCUACAAUGUUAAUAUGCUAGACAAUUAACGAGCUUUUUCAUUGGAAUCGAUCACUAAUCGUCUCAGUAUAAGAGGGGAUAGACAUCCUCGUUUGAUAACCAUAUAUAAGUUAGUUUAGUCCAUAUCUAACCUAGGAUCUUAGUCCCCGUAAUCAUCCAACGCUAAGCUGCAGCUCGGCGACAAAAUGUCCGGGAGAAUCAAGUCAUUUUAAGAUUUACCCGUGGUUGUAUUGAUCAAAACUUUACCGUUUGGCAGAUUUCGGAAGCAACAUAAGUAAACCCUAUUUUAAUCAUAUUUAUUGACGUAAAGACAACCUUGAGAAGAUGUACGCUUAUAGCAAUAAUCGUGAACUGUAAUCAUAAUUAGUGACCUCAAAUAGUAUUCAUUAGGCCUGCCCGCUACCCAUUUUUAUUUAGUUUCUACCAUUGAUUUCCUAGGAAUUACUGACUUUAGAGUGAUAAUUCACCUUCCUGUAAACUUAUUUAGUAUUAUAGAUGACGUAAACAUGUCUAGUGGGAACAUUAACAGAAGAUAGUCUUCUAAAUGUCUUAGGUAACAAUGCAAGUAUGUUUGGUAUACUUCUCUCACCUUCCAGGUUUAGGACUUUGCUAUAGGAUUGAUCUGUAUAGGCACCUGGUUUAUAUAUGAAGAGUUAUGUAUUUGAACGGACAUUCUUUUUGAUAAAUUCUCUUCAGAUUCUACAGUUAUAUAUAUAAAUUGAUAAUCCGAAAAGUGGCCAGGUUAAUAUAUCGACAAACAGAUGGUGUUGCAAUGGGUUCACUAUUGGGCCCUAUACUAGCCGACAUUUUCCUAGCCAGACUAGAAAAUGGUCCACUCAAAAACAUUCAAAAAUUCACAUUUUACUGUCGAUAUAUGAUUGGUACGUUCAUCCUCUGUAAAGAUAAUACAUCACAGCAAGACCUUCUUAGGUAGUCUAAUGAAGUACAUCCAGUCAUUGAGUUUACAUCUGGAGAGAGUGAUGGUAGAAUAGCCUUUUUGGACGUCCUCUUAACUGAGAGAGCUGAUUUAUCAUUAAAAAUCUACUUGGACACAUAAAUAUUGGUACAAAGGGGCACCGGACAUAUGUGCGUCACACCAAUCACUUGAUUUGUGUGUGGGCUGUGGCACCGCUUCGGUGCCCAAAUCGAAGCAGGUGGUUUUCUUAUGUGGCCUCUCCCGGAGCCUUCGACCUAAAGGUUUAAUCCACAAGGCAGUGGAGCGACGUAACGAGAUGCAGUCCCAUGGUAGCCGGUGACGAAUAAUUGGUUCUCACGAUCCUGGAGCUCAUGAACGCCAUUGGUUUGAAAUCAGGGUUUUCAACUUCCUUAGAUGGAUCCCCCAUAUCCAUCAACCUGGUUAAAGCACUGGAUAUUCACUUUUUGUCCUCUUAAUUUCGUAAACAACAGUAAUACGGCGAGAAGGCAGUGAGUAGGACUUUCCUCGCAGUGGCUGUAUACAGGUGUCUAUGUGAGUUUCUCGAGAAGAAGAGCUAAUUCUCUGCCGUUCCAUGGCAUGAGGGGGAAUUUAAACAAAGGAAAAGCCUGGACAUCAAUACACACAUUUCCUUAGCUUUGUACCUCUACAGUACGAAAUAAACAUGAUCAAAACUGUUAGUUACCGAAUACGCACUAUAUGUUCUACGGAUAUAGUUAAAGAAGAGCUAAGCACUUUGCGUAAUACUCUUUGUGAAAACAGAUACUCUAGAAAGUUUAUAAUUAAAUAUAUGAUCACGAAGAUGAGGAUAGGCCAAAUACAAACGGUGAAUAAGGGAUUCCUGUUCAUGCACUUACAAUUCAGUUGAGAUGCGGCUAGCGAAAUAUUAACUCAGAGAUUACGCAGACUAAUUCAAAAAAUCUUUCAACGGCGAACUACGUUUAGUGUUUUGUACACGCUCAGUCGUGACACCGAGGCUAGAAGAUGAAUGACCUAGAAUGAUCAAUCCGACUGUCCUUGUGGAGUACGUUAUAUUGGUGGAAGUUCUAGGGAUCUACAUUUUUGUGCUCGCGAACACCUCCCAGCGUGGUUAAUCAAAGGUCUGGUGAAGAAAGUGAACAGCUCGAUACUGGCCCAUAUUGUGCAAACUGGUCAUAGUGACAGUAUAAACCAAUUCUUUUCAAUUAUUUAUUGGGUCAGUAGUUUUAUACCAAAGCUUGUCAAACUUUAAGUCCUUUAAAUGGCUAAAGCAGUAAACAUCCGGAUUAAGAAACCUGAACUAUGUGUACAACAGAAAAAUCCCCAAUCAUUUCUCUUACCUUGAUCAACCUCAGGACCAAUUCAUCAAUAAUAACCUUAGCUGUUGAAUGAUUUGAUUUGACUAUUGUACUUAAGACCUUUCAUAGUUAAAUGUAAUUGUCUCUGUUAUC